AAAAAUAAUUUUAACAAAAUGAAAUCUUCACGAAUAAAGCCGCCGGUGUCGGCAAAAAAACCCACCCGUCCCAGAAUGCAAACCAGCACCUCCAAGGACCCGGUGCAAGUGUACUGCCGUAUCCGUCCGAUGCAAAAUUCCUCUGACGUGUCUUGCAUGAAGAUAAUCUCCGACCGGACGAUAGUAAUAACUCCCCCAGAGUCAGCUGUUAAUUUUCGGAACGCCAACUCCAAGGAAAUCCAAACGACCUUCACAAAAGUAUUCACUCCAGACACAAAGCAGCGGGACAUCUUCAACAACGUGGCUCUGCCGCUGGUGGAAAAUUUAAUCCACGGUAAGAACGCUCUUUUGUUUACCUACGGCGUGACAGGCAGCGGCAAGACCUACACGAUGACAGGCGAGCCGCAGGACGGAGGAAUAAUGCCCAGGUGUCUGGACGUCAUCUUCAACAGCAUCUCCAACUAUCAGGCCAAGAAGUUUGUUUUCAAACCGGACAAGUUGAACGGGUUUGAUGUCCAGAGCGAGACUGACGCGAUGCUGGACCGCCAGGGGGAGAUCCACGCCGGGCUGACCACCCCCAGGAAGACUAACGGGAAAUUCAGGCGCCAAGACAGCGACAGCGACAGCAACCCGAUGAUUACUCGGGAGCCGGACGAGUCCCAGUUGUUAAAUGUUGAUCCGGAUAAUGCUUACGCAGUGUUUAUUACUUACGUUGAAAUUUAUAAUAACAGCGUGUAUGAUUUGCUGGAUGAUGACGACCCCAGGUCCAAGACCAUGCAGAGCAAGAUUGUCCGUGAGGAUGGGAAUAAAAAUAUGUACGUCCACGCAGUGACUGAGGUUGAGGUAAAGAGUGCUGAUGAAGCCUUCGAGGUCUUCCAAAGAGGCCAGAGAAAGCGACGGGUCGCUCACACUGCUCUCAAUGCCGAGUCCUCCAGGUCCCACAGUGUCUUCACCAUCAGACUAGUCCAAGCACCUCUUGAUUGCGACGGUGAGAAUGUAAUCCAAGACAAACGCGUGAUCUGCGUCAGCCAGCUGUCUCUAGUAGACCUGGCGGGCAGCGAGCGCACCAACAGGACCAAGAAUACCGGACAAAGACUCAGAGAAGCCGGAAACAUCAAUAACUCUCUGAUGACUCUCAGGUCUUGCUUGGAAAUCCUCAGGGAGAACCAGGUCCAGAACACCACCAAGAUGGUGCCUUAUAGAGAGUCUAAGUUGACGCACAUGUUCAAAAAUUAUUUCGAUGGAGAAGGCAAAGUCAGGAUGGUAGUUUGUGUCAAUCCUCGGGCGGAUGACUACGAUGAGACCAUCCAGGUGAUGAAGUUCGCAGAGAUGACUCAGGAAGUUCAAGUUGCAAGGCCUCAAGCUACCAAAGUCGAUCUUGGGUUCACUCCGGGGAGGAGACAAGCUAACAAAAUCUUCAAGGAAGCUCGCAGUCGCUUGGAAAAAGAAGGGAGAGACGUUGCUGACCUGGAUAUUGAUCUAGGGUUGGUUUACAGUCUCGGAGGAGCUUUUCCUGAUUUUGACCUGACUAAUCCUCACGAUGAUAAUAUUAUUACGACUUUAAUGCAGUUUUUAGAGCAGAGGAUUAACAAAAGGAAUUUACUCCGAGGAGAUUUGGAGAAAAAACAGAAUGAGUUUAGAAAAAUGUUGCUUACACUAGAGCAGGAUAACAAUUUUUAUAAAAAUGAAAAUGUCUCGCUUAAAGCAGUGAAUGCUCAGCAGAAAAAAACUCUUGAUGCUUUGGGGAAUCAUAUUAAUAAAACAGAGAGUCAGAUUAAUAGUUUGCUGAGAAAAUUAAACAGCGCUAAUGAAACUAUCAAGGGUUUACAGCAGGAAUUGAGAGACAGAGACCUGGCUUUGAACCAGAGGUUGAUUGACAAGCAGAAGGUCAAGCAGAAAUACAACACCAAGAUCCAGAUGGAGACUGACAAGAUGAACAAAGAACUGGAGAUCAGGCUCAAGCAGCAGAGGCUCCAUUUGCACAACCAGAUGAAAAACCAGGAUGAAAAAUUAAAGAAAGUCAAGCAAAUUCUGGACAGUGAUGGCAAUUUUGAAGAGCAGAAAGACGGCAAGGAGGUGAUGAGCGAUGGCAAGGAAGAAGCCAGGUCUAGGAGAGACACCAGGGUUGCUGUGGCUAAUUUGAGGCACAGAAGGUCUCAGAGCGCUGAUAGGUGGAUUGAUCAUCGUCCUGGAGCUCUGGUGCCCAUUGGUACUGUUUUACAGCCACUUAUGAGGCGCAGGAGGAGUGUUACUAAGUUGACCAGUCCCAAGGAGAUCACUGAGGGCGCUUCUAGGUACUGUCUUAUGGCUCAGGAGCAGGACACUGAUGGCGAGUUGGAGACCAAGUUGUACAAAGGUGAUAUCUUGCCGACAAGUGGGGGCGGCGCUCAGGUUGUUUUUAAUGAUGUUGAGUGUCUGAAACAACUCUCGCCGACGAGUAAUCGCAAGCGCAGCGGGGUUGAUAGUAAAGAUAAUGCUGAGUUUAAUAAUGACAAUAAGAAGAGACCUAGGGUUAAUAAUUGA